UGUCUUUCUGUCUCUCCUUAGGAUUGGCAGCCUCCGUUUGCCUGUGAAGUACAAAGUUUUCGUUUCACUCCACGAAUUCAGCGCCUGAAUGAACUGGAGGCAAUGACAAGAGUGAAGCUGGACUUCUUGGACCAGUUAGCAAAAUUCUGGGAACUUCAAGGAUCCAAUUUAAAAAUUCCUGUAGUGGAGAGGAAAAUACUGGAUCUCUAUGGUCUGAGCAAGAUUGUUGCUGGCAAAGGAGGCUUUGAGGUAGUCACUAAAGAGAAGAAAUGGUCUAAAGUGGCAAGUCGGCUUGGCUACCUGCCAGGAAAAGGCACAGGAUCAUUACUUAAGUCUCAUUAUGAACGGAUCUUAUACCCCUAUGAGCUUUUCCAAUCUGGGGUCAGCCUAAUGGGCAUCCAGAAGCCUAACUUGGACCUUAAGGAAAAAGUGGAGGCUGAGGACCUCAGCUCAGAUGCCCAGACUUCACCAAAGCAAGGUUCGAGAAUGAAUGUUGUGCUGAAGAGAACCAGACGUGUCAAGUCCCAGGUGGAGGCAGGAGAAAUGAGUAGAAAUACUGAACUAAAGAAGCUGCAGAUCUUUGGAGCUGGACCCAAGAUGAUGGGUCUGUCAUUGGGAGCGAAGGAUAAAGAGGAUGAAGUGACACGAAGACGCAAAGGAAACAGAUCAGAAGCAUUUGGAAUGCAGAUGAGGCAGCGCAAAGGAACUCUUUCUGUCAAUUUUGUAAGUUUGAUUAUCUUGCUAUGGUUUCUGAUAAGAAAUUCAUUGAUUUACUGAGGUGUUUUUUUUUUC